ACGUGAUUAGUUCAGCUUAAUUUCAAAGGCUCCUGUCACAUGUGUUGUUACAUAUUUGAGCUCGGUCAGUUGGGUUCACAGAGAAAAAAUUUUUUGGCGUAGACAACACUUCCACGAGAGAAACUAAGUUGAUGGAGAGCACAGAAAAUAUUCCUUUAAUGGACAGAAGGAUUGUUAGGGACAAACGUUUGUCUCAUCUUCCUCCUAUUACUGUCCCAACAUCAGAGGGUUUUCCACGACCGAGAGAACAAGCCUUGAGAUACACCAAAUGGCUCGGAAACCUUGCUGCAGCCGGUCCUGGAAGCCCAAAGAAGGAUGACAAAUUUACAGAGUCAGAGCGAAUUAAGAGACCUAUGAACGCGUUCAUGGUUUGGGCUCAGGUGGAAAGAAGGAGGCUGGCAGAUGCUAAUCCAGAGCUUCAUAAUGCGGAGCUUAGUAAAAUAUUAGGCACGACGUGGCGCGGGUUGAACGACUUGCAGAAACGUCCGUAUGUUGAAGAAGCAGAGAGAUUGCGUCUACAACACAUGCAGGACUAUCCUGAUUAUAAAUACAGACCUCGUAGACGAAAACACCCUAAAAGAGUUUGCAAGAGGAUGAUGYCUUCCUCAAGCAGUCAUCAGAGCAAUCUUAAAGCAAACGAAGCAAGUGGGUCCAGGUCUGGAGAAGAGCCUCCUACUAGUGAUGAUUCUAAUCUAUUCUCAAUCCCAGGCACUCCAACAAGUCCUAGUCUACCAAGCCCAAGUAUAGGCAGUACGACUAUCCAACAUUUCCACUUCAGGACGGAAACACAACCAACUCAGAUGCAAACUACACCAACUCCUUUUCCAGAUCUGAGCGACAUUGACCUACCAACCCCGGAGUCGAGUCCUGCUGCAGUAGGCAUCAAGCCUGGAAAAGUGUUCAAUUUCCCCACCACGGAGGAUGAAAUACGUUACGCUCUGAUGCUACUGCAGAGACCUAACGAGGACAUCGACAAGUCCAAGGUUCAGGCCUCAAAAAUGGACAUCUCGGAAAUCUUUGGCAACAUUAAUUUUCCUUCGUCAAUGUACUCUCCUCCAAGUCCUUGUGGCGUCCCUACAUCUCAAGCUUGCAGAAACAGCACAGAUCUGGAAGAAACCUCCACACAGACCGUCCCGUUCUGCGACUUAUUUCUGGGGGAAGUCAACAAGUCCGAGUUUGAUCAGUACCUCGAUGGAAGCGAGGUGGACACAAGUAGUCUUGAAGACUAUUAAUCUGUACAAUAGUAUCCGCGCAGUUCAAAAUUGCAAUGUUAGUAGUUUUCUAUUUCUAGGUAGACCAAACAUGGCAUGCCGACAUCAGCAUGAAUAUUUGAAUGAAGGACGAAAUUUUUCUUCAUAUUGAAGAUAACUUUCGUGCAUUUUGUCUAAUAUUUGCACUUUUCUAUCUUUUGUAUUUGUAAAAAGGAUUUUUAUUUAGUAUAUUUUGCAACUUUUCGAGUUUACAUACGUUCAUUGUAGAUCUGUUCUGCAACGCUUAUGUGUGUUUGAACAAAAUAGAAAAAUAAUUUUAUAUGUAGGAGCUCGCUUAAUAUUAUCUUGGGGACUUUGGAUUUAAUUUAUAUGUCUCUGCAAAGGAAAUACUUUUAUUUUAAGGCAGAGAAGAGGUUUGUCUUCAUUAAAACUCUUAUUUUUUCCA